AUGCAGACUGACCGUACUUUUUUGGAUCUGUUCUGGGGAUUAUCAGCUAGAGAUGAAAACCAAAGAAUAGAAGCCUCCAACAAGCUGGUAGAUUUGUUAAGUAGUAAAACGGAUGAAGUGAAAACCACUUACUUCACGUAUACAAGGCAAAGGCUCGUUAAAGGCCUAAAGUCGUUUGAUGAGUCUACGAGGUCUAGCUAUGAGCACUGUCUUAUACGUUACCUCAAAGAUUUUCCAACAGAAACCUCAACCAAAGAACUAGCGGAAUCUAUGAGUGUUCAAGUUUUUGCCUCAGAGCCGUCCACUCAAAAUGAACGUUCGUCUGUGAAAUCAGCGUACUUAGCAUGCGCAAGAGUACUUUGUGCAUCUGGCAGAAUAAAGGAGAUUGAUGAAGAGUUCGCUAAAGUAUUGCUUCAACCUAUUAUCCUGUUGACAAAAUCCACUCAUCAUAGAGCUGCCGCAUAUUUAGCAAUAUCGGAAAUGAGUCUUCAAGCACCUAAACAUUUAAUCGCGAAAUUGAGUUGUUUUUUGAAAGAAACAUGGCAAAACCUCAUGUCUUCAAACUCGGAUAUCACCGGAGAACUCUUGCUUGUCAUUCUGUCAUUUCAGCAUCGCUUUCAGAAACGUCUUCAAAAGCUAGAUAUUCCAGCAUUCAAAUUAUCUGAGAAACAGUAUCGUAGGAAGCUCUUAUUUGGAAUUCUUCAUUCUCACGAUGCCAUUGUGAUGCGGUUAAUCGAUGAAGUUUUAAAGCGCGAUAUCCUGAGUACUGUUUGGGAUUCUGUCAAAACUACCUUAUGUUCUAAAGCCAAUAAAACCAAAAAUACUUUCCGAUUUCUGCAAAUUGUCGUUCACAUCAUUUGUAAUGAGGAGGAGAAGUUUGAUUUCGUCUUAUCUAGUGAAGUCUUUGAGGGUUUCAGCAAGCAGUUAUCAGAUUGCAAGUACAGUUAUUUCCCUCAAGUCUCCCAUUUACUAAGAGUGAUGAUGGACAAGAUUAUUGGUUCCACAAAUGUUGAUGAAAAUCUCCAGAAAUCUGCGGUUUCUAUGUCUCCAGACCGGCUGUUGAAAUCGAUUGCUUUAAAUUACCCACUAUUUGACUUUUUUUGCGACUCUAGCUCCCCUAAGCCAUGUCAGAUUAUUUUUUAUUCUGCACCAUCGUCACUAUCGUUAGAUACUCUUCAGUUGUACGUUAAACAGUUAACAAGUGCCUUUAUCAAUGCUGAGGUUCAAUAUUCAAACAAAAAUGUACGCAACAUACGUGGCUUAAAUAAUCCAAAUCAAAUCCAAUCAGUUGACUUAAAUUAUGAUGCUAUUCAAUGUUUCGUAAUUAAGCACUUGCAGAUAGUUGUAAACACAAUACUAAAAUUCAGAUACAUGGAAGGAACUGAAUUGCUCAGUCAGAUUCUGGAGUUCCUACUAACUAUUGGUAUGACUUAUUCAUUGAAGGUUGAUAACACCACUUUGAAGACACCGAUCUCAACAAAUGUUGCCAAGAUUUGCUGGGGUGUUUUAUUUGGGAUAUUAGAUUGUAUGGUAUUGCAAGCAGUUACGAUCAACAAACACUCUGGUCAGGAGACUAUCAAGAACAUUACAAAUAUGGACAUAAUUAGACAUUGUGUAUCCCUACUUAAAAAUGCCGUCCCACAAUGUACUAGGGCUAUGUCCACACAUUCUUCUAACACAGAUAUUAGUCUUUGUCUGGAUUCGUUGAAACGAUGCCUUAAGCUUCUCCAAAAAGUAGAUCCUGAGGAUCAGUUGGAUCAGUACAUACUGAUAAUGUGCGGAGCUGUUUCUGUUUUUUCUCUCUCCAUGCCGAUCGAAGACACGUCUGAAAUCUUGAACGAUUUGGUUGAAUGCAGAAAAAGGCGUCUAGAGAAUAAUAUAUUUGAAGGUCCCCACUGGUCAGAAGUGCUUACUGAUGUGAUUCUAAGUGCCCUUUCCUUUCCUGUCCACAUGUUGCGCUCUGUCACCCGUCUAACAUUUAAGAAAAUGGUUUUGGAAAAGGCAUUUAUAAGUACGAUUAAUUCAGGUGAAGAAUAUCCUUCUUGCCUAAAACUAAUUGGUGAUAUACUUAAGACACGGUCGUCAAAACAAGCUGACCGUGCAAAGCAUGAUGAAGACGAAGAUGACGACUCAGAAAAAGAAGAUUUAGUUCAUUUUUCGUUGUUCAAUUCGACAAAAUUAAUACAGUCUAAGGAGUUGUCUAUGCGAAUUGAUGAUUUUGAGGACGAAACCGUCUCAGUUGAAGAUGAAGAAAAGAUUGCUAAUCAAGAGAGAAACUCACAAGAUACCUCAGAUGAUUCAGACUCUGAUGCAGUUGAAGAAGAGAUUGAUAUUGAUGAAGAUGAACUUAAUCAAAUUAAAAAUAGUGUACGUGAUGCACUUGGUCCAGCUGCAUUAGAUAGUGAAAAUAACGAUUGCCGGGACUUCACAGAUGCUGAGAUGUUUGAACGUGAUGAAGCUUUGGCAGCUGCAUUUCGUAUUCAUAUGCGUAAACCUCAACGAAUAGUCGCUGAUCAAGCUCGUUCAGUUGGUGAAUUGAAAAUGAAAUGUUUCGAUUUGAUUGAAUGUAUUCUACAGUAUAGUUCUGAACCUCAACUUGUCUUGCCUGCUCUUGAUCUUGUGCUUGAUAUUGGCAAAGGAUCCAUUGAAUAUGAAACAGCCAAAUCACGAAAUGAUUUAAGCUCAAAUAGAAAAAUCAACCAGAAACAAAAGAGAAAAACUAGUUUUAUUGCUAAAUAUGGUGACAUACCUCCACUGUCGACGGAUAGAACUCAACUGUUUACAGAAUUGUUAUCCAACAUUAUAGAAUUUAUUUAUCGAAGUAUGAAACCGUUGAAAGCAGAAUUUCCCGAUUUAGAAUCACCAUUGUCUGAUUAUUUAUUAGAACAACUUCAUGAAGUUUUAAGUAAUACUAACCAUCAAGCUGCACUAUUCCUUAAUCUUCUAAGUCACUGCCAAACAUUUGCACACAAGGCCUCAAAAUUGCUUGUCGAAACUACUGUGAAAGCAUGCGAAAAAAUAAUCGAUAGUUUAGAUGAUAUUCGCGAAGUUAAAAUUAAUGGUUUCGAAAGUUGUAAUCUCGUUAAUUUGUUCCAAAUAGUUACUCAUAUGUUCAAGUCAAAUAAAAAUGAGUUAAAAGCCAAGAAAAUGUCAAGGAAACUCAGUGUCAAACUAGCUGAAGUGUUGCAAACAGCAGAGAAAGCUAGCCAAUGUUCAGUGAACAACAACGUCUGGUACAAUCGUCUCAAAUUAUCCUUAGCCUUGUUCGAACUACUUAUGUGUAUUGUAAAACUUGAUGAGAAUGCUUCGUCUACGUUUCUUCAAGAUCAUAUUGUUAAACUUCUAGAGAAAUUUCCAUCAACACAAAAACCUAUCAGAUCUGCGGCACGACGCUUUUUAAACUUGUUGAAAGAGAACAAUCGUAAAUCUGGCAUAUUUAAUGAAUCUGAAAGUCGACAAGAAAAAUUACGUCUUAAAAUGGAACGCAAGAAACAACGUCAACAAAAGCGUAAAGAAAAAGCCUUAAUGAAAAGGAAACCGGCGGAUAAAGCAACUGAACCAAAACGAAAUGAAGUCAACGCAAAAAAGAAAUCUCUUAAGAAUAACGCUAAUAAAUCUAAGUCAACGAUUAAAACGGUGCCUUCACCAAAGGACAGCCAAAAAGUGCGUGUUCUGAAACGAAAACGUCAACCAGAUAUCAAAAGUGACAAUAAAAAGAGAAAAGUUACUGAGGAUUGAAUAUUAUGAGAUUGAGAAGAAAUUGUAAAUAUAUAUUUUUCAGUGUA